CCGCCGUCCCUGUCGAAAACAACAAUACAAAGUGCUCGCGGGCCUCGAACAUGACUCAAGACGUUGGCCCAAAAUUCGUAUACAGUUUGGCUCAAGCAGUUUUCGGUUCCGACUUUUCUACACAAGUACCCGAAUUUCCAAUACAUACAGCGUUCCUGCCACCAUCUCAUACGCAUAGCGUCAAUCGAUGCAUCUUGCCACGAUGAUCCGCGCGGGCUGCUUGGCGGCCUGCGCUGCCGUGGCGAGCGGGCUUGCGACGCAGCGUCGUUCAGCCCACUCGGUCUUCUUUCUGGGAUCUUCUGUGGACAGGUACGCAGUGGCGGAUUUCUGUGAAACCGACGGUAAGAAAUUUUACAGAUUGAAUUGCGUAAACGAGGAACGGGAUCUCGCCGUGGGCUAUGCCGCUCACCCUGGAGUGGGCAUUCAUGGUGAUUUCCAGCCGCCUUUCUGGAACCACACCUAUCCCAUUGUAGAACAUAGCGACGUGUCCAGUAGCCAGGAACUGCGCAAAGCGAUCAUGGGCAUCAUGAACAUGAAGGGAGAGGAGUUCCCAGACAUGAUUGUGGUAGAAAGCUCCCUCUGGGAUCUUUUCACCUGGGCUUCGUGGGGCGUCAAGAACGUGACGAAAGAGCGUCUGCACCAGUGGGGUCGCCGUGAUUUGAAACAUCUUAUGGCUCGUGUGUCCGAGACGUUCCCUCAAAGCCGCAUCGUCUUCAGAAAUGCGCCUCGUGUUCACCAUUCAGUGUUUCUUGAGGUAAUUCUCAAGGAUGAGUUUCACAAGUCCACGACUGUAAGCUAUCCGGACGUCGCGGUGGUGUCUGUUAAGGCGAUGGAUUGGAUGAAGCACGAAGUGGAUAAGCAGAUGCAAAAUGGCAAGCUCUACGGCUUGUACGAGGUGGUGGACUAUUACAGGAUCAUGAACGAGCUUAUCGAAGAGCGCGGGUUCGUUCCGUCUUUGUGGAUGAAGGAUGGAACCCAUCCGAGCAUGGUGGCCUCCAGGCGCUACAUGAAUGCGAUACUCCAGCUCAUGCAGCUUCCAACGGUGAGCCAGGAGGACUCGGGGAGGCGGGAGAAGACAAUAUUCGACGACGAUUCGGACGACAGUGUCUUGUUCCCGUGAGCACUGCAGCGCUGUGGCCGGAGAGGGAGAUGUGAUGAGGGUGUCGUGGGCAAGAGGAUUGAGGGCGGCGCGUCUGGCAAGGCUAGUGGCGUGCAUCAUUGCUGGCCGCUCUCAUCUUCCCCCUCCAGGGCAGCCAAUCCUCUCCCUCGCCUUCUGUCCCCUGCCAGGCGGGCGUCGGCGGGUCCAGGCGCCACCAGGGCGUCCGCCGACGCCGUUCCUCGUCCUCCUCCUCCUCGUCCUACAGCGGAGGCCAGUCCACGAGGCACCUUCCACAAG